AUGGGAAUUCAUUCGUUUUGGAUAUUUGAUAGACAUUGCAAUUGUAUAUAUGAUCGUGAAUGGACUUUACUCUCGAAUUCAGGCAGCGGUACUAUUAACUCCAAACAAAAUGAUGAAACUGCUAAAUUGCUGUAUGGUAUGGUUUACUCUCUUCGAACAAUAACACAGAAACUGUCACAUGGAUCCAUGAAGAAUGAAAUACGGACGAUUGCGACUGGCAAAUAUUUAGUGCACAUUUUUUGCACAGCAUCUGGCUUAUGGUUUAUAUUAUUAUCCGAUUUCCGUCAACAAUCUUAUUCGCAGGUUUUACAUUACAUAUAUGGGCAUAUAUAUGUUAAAUAUGUCGCUAAUAAUCUGCUGUCCCCCAUAGACUUUGCAGAAAAUAAAAAUGAAACCAGAGGACAAGGUUUCAGAAAGAUUACUAACAGGAACUUUAUAAAAAGCCUCGAAGCAUUCUUAGCACCUAUGGUUGCUAAGUAA